AUGUCGACUACGACCACCUCGACGUUCACGACUACCACCCUUGUUGGAAUACCGUCUGCAAUGAAGAAUGGCAUGACCUUGUCAGAGAAACAGUGUCCGACGUGUGGAGGGAACGCCGACUCUCAUGAUGCCAUGGCGUCGCAUCGUCGGAUCCAGGAGUUGGAGGGGCAGGUACAGGCUUUAACUGAGCGCGCGGCCAUGACUGCCAACAAGCUCGCCGACUACGAAGACGAACUACGUCGUCUGCGCUCAUCCCAGUCCGCCCAUGAGAGGUCGCAGAGUAAUUCCUCUCGACCCUCGUCCUCGUCCCUCACCGCAAAGACCCUAUCCCCGACUCAGGCUACAGGGUCACCCGAUGCGACGUCGCAAGCUUCGCAACAAAGUCACAGUCGCCUGUCUACCCUGACCUCUCUCCUCCCUUACCGCCGCGGUAGUGCAGCCACUCCUGCCACUACCCCCUCCGCCCCUGCCGCUGUCCCAACGACCCCGACGACGCUCGUCACUCCACUCCAGCACCAAGCAUCCCCAGCUAGCAGCGACAACGCUUCCGAACUGCAGGAUGCGCUGACCCGCGAACAGAGUCUGCGGAAGGCCGCCGAGUCGCAGCUCUCGCAGGCGAGCACGGAGCUAGAAGAGCUCACGGUGCAGUUGUUCAGCCAAGCAAACGAGAUGGUCGCGCAGGAGCGCAAGGCGCGCGCAAAGUUGGAGGAACGUGUCGCGGUGUUGGAACGCCGGGAUGUUGAGAAGCGGACUCGACUGGAGAGAUUGGAGAAGGCGAUGGCACGAGUCGAGAGACUGAAGGCUCUGGUUAACGUAUAG